CCGCGCCCGCCGGUGCUGCCGCUCAGCCACUUCUGCGCGCCGCCGUUCCUCUGCUUCGGGGACGUCCGCGUGGGCGGGUCGCGGACGCGGCCUCUGGUCCUGUACAACCCGCACGAGGAGGCGCUGCGGGUGGAGCUGUUGCUGAUGCGCGCCGCGGACCGGGGCUUCAGCGGGUCGCCCAGUUGCUGCGAAUUGCAGCCGAAAGAAAAACUUACCAUUUCAAUUAACUGGACACCAUUGAAAGAAGGGCGAGUAAGAGAGAUUGUGACAUUUCUUGUAAAUGAUAUUCUGAAACAUCAAGCUAUAUUACUAGGAAAUGCAGAACAUAAGAAGAAAAAGAGAAGUCUUUGGAAUUCUGUUCAUAAGAAGAAAGCCCCAGCCUCGUCACAUCAUAAAAGGACUUCAAAAAUUCAAAGUAUUAAUGAAACAUUUAGUAUUUCACAAAAAAUUGAUAGAGUUAGGAGUCCACUGCAGGCUUGUGAAAAUAUGGCUAUGAAUGAAUGCUGUUCUCCAACAGAAAACAACUUUUUACACAUUGAAGAUAACAAAAUACCCACCUCACCAAUUAGCCCUGCUUUCAAAGAAUACCCGAGUGAUACUUGCUUGCCACUUUUUUUACGACGGUCUACUGCCUACUCAUCUCUUCAUGUGUCUGAAAAUGUGGAACAACUAAAAGUACAAGAUGUCAACAUUUCAAAAGAUUUUAAUUGUAAUGAGGAAGUCAUAACUGAAACUCUUUUAAAUUCCAUUAAUAUUAGUGGCCAAAGUGAAGAGAAUAAUAAGCUUAUUCUUACCCCAAGCUGUUCUUCUCCUUUGAAUAUACAAAGCCAAAGACAUUUUCUAAGUCCAGAUUCUUUUGUAAAUAACAGUCAUGCAGCUAAUAAUGGAUUAGAAUUAGUGACAAGUCUUUCAUCAGAUACCUGUUGGAAAGAUAAUUCAAAGUCUCUGCGUUUGGAAUCUCAAACUGUGCAUGAAGUUUAUCAAAGAAUUUUAAGUCCAGAUUCUUUCUUAAAUGACAAUUAUGGGCUAAAUAAAGGUCUGAUAUCAGAGUCAGUGGAUCCUACUUUAUCUCCAACACAGUUUGCAAAGGAUGACCUGCUGCAUAUAGCUCAGCAAACAUGUAUAGCAUCACCUUUAUCAGAUAAAAAUUCUCAUGGUCCACAGUCUUCUCAGCAUUGGAGAAGAAAUGAAAUUGUAGCAUAUAUUCCUGAAUGUUCAGAAACUCCCGAAGUUAUUUUUGAAGAACAAAAACCUGUAGAAAUGAAGUCAAAUAACUACGCUUUUAGAAAACACAAUCAUUGUAAAUUUUCUGAGGUUCGAGAUGGUUCUCUUUCUAGCCAUAAUAAACAACCUAAGAGACGCCCAAUACUUUCUGCUACUGUUACUAAAAGAAAACCCACAUAUGCCAGAGAAAACCAGCCUGAUAUCAAUAACCCUAAAGCUAAAAGGUGCCUCAAGAGUGCAGUAGCUGAAUGUGAAAAAGCAGUAGGUAGCCAAAAAGAGAAAGAAGGUUUGCAUUCUUGUCUUCCAGUUAUAAAGCCCAUUUCAAGUAAACCUCAGAGUUAUAAAUAUGAAAUAGCUUCUUCAACUGCAGCUUCGGUUGCUCGUAAAAGGAAGAGCGAUGGAAAAAUGGACGAUGCAAAUGGGCAGGUUACUGUUGCAGAACACACGGAAGUGUGUGAAAUCAAAAGAAUCCAUUUUUCUACUUUAUCUACUCUAAAAAAACCCAAAAGGAGAGGAACACCCAUCUCAAAAUGUAGUCAGGAGAAACUAAGCCUCAAGAAAAAUGAUUCAUUAGUAUUUAAAACACCUAUUUCUAAAACAAGGAAAAGGACAAGACCCAUUGUUGCUGUAGCACAGUCUAAUUUGACCUUCAUAAAACCAUUGAAAACAGAUAUUCCUAGGCAUCCAAUGCCAUUUGCUGCAAAGAACAUGUUCUAUGAUGAGCGCUGGAAGGAGAAGCAAGAACAAGGCUUCACUUGGUGGCUAAAUUAUAUGUUAACUCCUGAUGACUUCACUGUCAAAACAAAUGUUUCUGAAGUAAAUGCCGCUUCUCUUCUUUUGGGCGUGGAGAAUCAACAUAAAAUAAGUGUCCCUAGAGCACCUACAAAAGAUGAAGCGUCUCUCAGAGCUUACACUGCUGGCUGCAGGUUGAAUAGACUGCGUCGCACAGCAUGCUGUUUGUUUACUUCUGAAAAGAUGGUUAAAGCUAUUAAAAAACUUGAAAUUGAAAUUGAAGUUGGACGGUUAAUUGUUCGAAAAGAUAGACACCUCUGGAAAGAUAUUGGAAAUCGCCAAAAAGUUCUGAAUUGGCUAUUGUCAUAUAAUCCUUUGUGGCUUCGAAUUGGCCUGGAGACAGUUUAUGGAGAGCUGAUACCUUUGGCAGACAACAGUGAUGUCACAGGCUUGGCUAUGUUUAUUGUCAGUCGCUUACUUUGGAAUCCUGAUAUAGCAGCUGAAUAUAGUCACCCCACUGUUCCUCAUCUAUAUAGAGUUGGUCACGAAGAAGCUUUGUCUAAAUUCACAUUGAAAAAAUUACUGUUGUUGGUCUGCUUCCUUGAUUAUGCUAAACUUUCCAGACUUAUUGAUCACGAUCCUUGUCUCUUCUGUAAAGAUUCUGAAUUUAAGGCUAGUAAAGAUCUUCUUCUGGCUUUUUCACGAGAUUUCCUAAGUGGUGAAGGUGACCUUUCCCGUCACCUUAGUGUAUUGGGAUUACCUGUGAGCCACGUUCAGACACCACUUGAUGAGUUUGAUUUUGCUGUUACUAAUCUUGCUGUGGACUUGCAAUGUGGAGUGCGCCUUGUGCGAACCAUGGAACUUCUCACACAGAACUGGAAUCUGUCAAAGAAACUCCGGAUUCCUGCGAUAAGUCGUCUUCAAAAGAUGCACAAUGUUGAUAUUGUUCUUCAAAUUCUUAAAGCACGAGGAAUUCAAUUAAGUGAUGAGCAUGGGAAUACUAUCCUGUCUAAGGAUAUUGUGGACAGGCACAGAGAAAAAACGCUUGGGUUGCUUUGGAAAAUAGCAUUUGCUUUCCAGGUGGAUAUUUUCCUUAAUUUAGAUCAAUUAAAGGAAGAAAUUGACUUUCUAAAGCACACAUACAGUAUAAAAAAAGAAAUGUCAGCACUAUAUUACCAUGCUGCUACUACUAGGAAGAAAGACCAAAGGAAUAGUGGGUGCUUUGAGCAGUAUAGUCAAAGUGUAAAGUUGCUGAUGGAAUGGGUAAAUGCUGUCUGUGCCUUCUAUAAUAAAAAGGUGGAGAAUUUUACAGUGUCUUUCUCAGAUGGCCGUGUGCUGUGCUAUCUGAUCCAUCACUACCACCCCUGCUAUGUGCCAUUUGAUGCUAUAUGUCAGCGAACUACUCAGUCUGUGGCCUGCACACAGACUGGCUCGGUGGUAUUAAAUUCUUCAUCUGAAUCAGAUGGUGGUUGUCUGAAUCUGUCUCUCGAAGUAUUUGAUCAUGAAAAUACUCCAGAAGUAUACAAAGAGCUUCUAGAAAAUGAAAAGAAAAAUUUUCAUUUGGUGAGGUCUGCAGUUAAAGACCUUGGUGGGAUACCUGCUAUGAUUCAUCAUUCAGAUAUGUCCAAUACAAUUCCAGAUGAAAAGGUGGUUAUUACCUAUUUGUCAUUUCUUUGUGCAAGGCUGUUGGAUCUCCGUAAAGAAAUAAGAGCUGCUCGACUUAUACAGACAGCAUGGAGGAAAUAUAAAGUAAAAAAAGACCUAAAAUGCCAUCAGGAAAGGGACAAAGCGGCAAGAGUUAUUCAGUCAGCUGCUGUCAAGUUUCUAACCAGACGGCGAUUGCAGAAAAAGGUUUAUGCUGCACUGGUCAUUCAAAAAUAUUGGCGAAGAAUCUCAGCACAGAGAAAGUUAAUAAUGCUGAAAAAGGAAAAACUGGAAAAACUCCAGAAUAAAUCAGCAUCACUUAUUCAGGCUUAUUGGAGAAAGUAUUCCAUCAGAAAACGAUUUCUGGAAUUGAAACACUAUUCAGUCAUCCUUCAGUCUAGGAUGAGAAUGAUACUUGCUGUCACAGCUUACAAACGGUAUCUUUGGGCUAUAGUUGCAAUUCAGAGGCGUUGGCGUGCUUGUUUAAGAAGAAAACAAGAUCAACAAAGAUAUCAAAUGCUGAAAAGUUCAUCCCUUAUCAUCCAGGCUGCAUUCAGAAGGUGGAAGCGACGGAAACUGCAACCACAGACUAGCGCUGCCAUAACAUUGCAGAGAGCUUUCAGAAGGUGGCAUUUCAGGAAACAAACUCGAGAAAGAUCUGCUACUGUCAUACAGUCUUGGUAUAGGAUGCAUAGGGAACUGCAGAAAUAUAUCUAUAUGAAAUCUUGUGUUGUCAUCAUCCAGAGAAGAUUUCGAUGCGUUCUAGCUCAAAAGUUAUAUAAGAAAAGGAAAGAGUCCACCCUAACCAUCCAGAAGCACUACAGAGCUUAUCGGAAAGGAAAGCUGGAGCGCUCCAGCUAUUUGCAGAAGCGAGCUGCAGCCAUCCAACUACAAGCUGCUUUCAGGGAGAUGAAGGCUCGACGUCUGCACAGACAAAUCAGGGCUGCUUGUGUUUUGCAGUCAUAUUGGAGAACGAGGCAGGAAAGAUUUCAGUUUUUAAACCUUAAAAAGAAUGUUAUCAAACUGCAGGCACACAUAAGAAAACACCAGCAAUUACAGAAAUAUAAAAAGUUACAGAAAGCAGCCGUUAUAAUUCAGACUCGUUUCCGAGCUUCCAUUUCAGCCAGGAAAGUUCUAGCAUCCUAUCAGAAAACUCGGUCUGCUGCCAUUGUUCUACAGUCUGCAUGUAGAGGGAUACAAGCCAGGAAAAUGUUCCGUCAUACUCUGACAUCUGUUAUAAAGAUUCAGUCAUAUUAUCGUGCUUACAUAUCCAGGAAGAAAUUUCACAGCUUCAGAAUGGCUACGAUAAAGCUGCAAUCAGUUGUCAAAAUGAAACAAACACGUAAACAAUAUUUGCAUUUAAGAUCAGCUGCCCUAGUUAUCCAGCAGUGGUACCGUUCCCAAAAACUGACUGCAUGUAAGAGAAAAGAAUUUCUGCAAGCACGUGAAUCCUGUAUCAAAUUGCAAGCAUUUGUGAGAGGUUGCCUGGUCCGAAAGCAGAUGAGGUUACAAAGAAAAAGAAAAGCUGCUGUUUCAUUGCAGUCUUAUUUUAGAAUGAGAAAGGUGAGGCAGCAAUACCUGAAAAUACACAGAGCAGUUGUUGUCAUUCAGAAAUUCUACCAUGCCUACAGAGCACAAGUCACCCAAAGGAAGAACUUCCUGCAGGUCAGGAGAGCAGCUGUGUGUUUGCAGGCAGCUUACAGGGGUUACAGAGUACGCCAGCUAGUCAAACAGCAGUCCAUAGCUGCUCUUAAAAUUCAAACUGCCUUUAGAGGCUACAGUAAAAGGCUGAGAUAUCAAAGUGUCCUUCAGUCUGCCGUGAAGAUUCAGAGGUGGUACAGGGUACACAAGACUGUUCAUGGCAUAAGAAUGCACUUUUUAAAGACAAGAGUGGCUGUGAUUUCUCUCCAGUCUGCCUGUCGUGGCUGGAGAGUCCGGAAGCAGCUCAGAAGGGAACAUCAGGCUGCAGUGGAGAUUCAGUCUACUUUUAGAAUGGCCAGGGCCCGGAAACAGUUCAAAUUACUAAAAGCAGCGGCAGUGGUGAUCCAGCAGCAUCUCAGAGCCUGGACUUCAGGGAAGAAGCAACGCCUAGAGUACAUUGAACUGCGCCGUGCAGUGCUGCUGUGCCAGGCUGCAUGGAAAGGAAAAACGUUGAGGAGACAGAUUCAAAGGCAGCACAAAUGUGCUAUCAUCAUACAGUCAUAUUAUCGAAUGCAUGUUCAACAAAGGAAAUGGAAAGUCAUGAGAAAAGCUGCUCUUGAGAUUCAGAUAUAUUAUAGGGCUUACAGUGUUGGGAAAGAACAGCAUCAUUUAUAUUUGAAAACAAAAGCAGCUGUAGUCAUUUUGCAGUCAGCUUACCGUGGUAUGAAAGUGAGAAAAAGGGUAAAAGCGUUCAACAAAGCAGCAGUCACUAUACAGUCUAAAUUUAGAGCUUAUACAGCCCAAAAGAAAUACGCAGACUAUAGAGCCUCAGCCAUUGUAAUCCAGAGAUGGUAUCGAAAUAUUAAAGUUACAACCCAGCAACAUAAGGAAUACCUUAAUUUAAAGAAGACAGUUGUUAGAAUGCAAGCUGUUUACAGAGGUGUUAGGGUAAGGAGACGUAUUCAACAGAUGCACAUGGCAGCCACUUUGAUUAAAGCCAUGUUUAAAAUGCAUCAGUCAAAAGUAAGAUACCACACGGUGAGAAGAGCAGCUGUCAUCAUUCAAGUGAGAUACAGAGCGUACUAUCAAGGUAAAAUUCAGCGUGAAAAGUACCUGAGAGCUUUGAAGGCUAUUCAAACUCUGCAGGCAGGUUUUAGAGGUGCAAGGGUUAGAAAGGCUGUAAGAAGGAUGCAUGCUGCAGCGACACUCAUUCAGUCACACUUUAGAAGGUACAGGCAGAAAAUAUAUUUUAAUAAGUUAAGGAAGGUAACAAAAUUGAUGCAACAAAGAUACCGAGCAGUGAAAGAAAGAAAUGUACAGUUUCAGAGGUACAACAGACUGAAGCAUUCUGCCAUACACAUUCAGGCUGCUUUUAGGGGGCUGACAACUAGGAGACAUUUGAAAGUUAUGCAUUUAGCUGCCACCCUUAUUCAGAGGAGAUACAGAAUGAUAAUGAUGAGAAGAAAAUUCCUGUCUCUCAAGAAAGCUGUUAUUUGGAUUCAGAGAAAAUUUCGUGCAAAGCAUCACCUACGACAAUUGCUGCUGCUAAAGGCAGCUUUGAAAAUCCAGUCGUCAUACAGAGGGUGGGUGGUAAGGAAAAAGGUACAAGAAAUGCACAGAGCUGCUACUGUGAUUCAGGCUGCCUUCAGGAUGCACAGAGCACAUGUGAGGUUCCAGGUUUUGAAACGAGCCUCGGUUGUGAUCCAGAAGCAAUACCAAGCACACAGAGCAGCAAAACUGCAGAGACAACUUUUCAUCAGACAAAGACAGGCUGCUAUGAUCCUUCAGGCUGCCUUUAGGGGUAUGAAAACUAGGAAUCAUUUGAAGACUAUGCAUUCUUCUGCAACCCUUAUUCAGAGUAGAUUUAGAUCUUUAGUGAUACGGAGGAGAUUUCUUUCUCUGAAAAGAGCUGCUGUAUUUGUUCAGAGGAAAUACCGAGCCACUGUAUACGCCAGGCACAAAGUGCACCAAUUCUUACAGUUACAGAAGGCAGCCAUUAUAAUACAGUCAUCUUAUCGAAGACUGAUAGUAAAAAAGCAGUUACAGAAAAUGCACAGGGCUGCAGUUCUCAUUCAGGCAACUUUUAGAAUGCACAGAGCAUAUGUUAGAUUUCACACUUGGAAAAGCGCCUCCAUUCUAAUUCAGCACUAUUAUCGAGCAUACAGAACUGAAAAAUUGCAAAGAGAAAAAUUUGCCAGGCAGUGGAAUUCUGCUGUGAUCAUUCAGGCUGCCUAUAAAGGAAUGAAAGCAAGACAGCUUUUGAAAGAAAAGCAGAGAGCUGCUGUCAUAAUACAAAGGACAUAUAGAAUGUAUAGGCAGUGUUGUUUCUACCAGAAGCUUCAGUGGGCAGCAGAAACAGCACAAGAAAAAUGCAGAUCACAUAGAGAGAGACAGAAAACUCUUCAACACAAUGUGUGUACGGAAGAAACAACUUUUAUUCAGGCAAGUUUUCAGAACUCGAACAGCAAGAAAGAAAUUCAGAAACAUGAGGCUGCCUUUAUUCAGAAGCAUUUUAAAGCAUUUAAAGUGAGGAGGCAUUCUGGCCACCUAGACACAGUGACUUCUGGUCAAACAGAUUGCAGAACAUUACCUACAGCACUUACCAAAACACUUUCUUCUGUGGAAUUGCCUAGAGGAUGUCAGGCAUUAUGGAGAGGCUAUUCUUGGAGGAAGAAAAAUGACUGUACAAAAAUGAAAACCAUACGACAAAGCCUUGGAGCCAUUAAUAAGAAUGUUGAAGAGGAAAACAAGCUCUACAAAAGAACCACACGUGCGCUCCAUCACCUUCUGACCUACAAGCACUUGUCUGCCAUUCUGGAUGCUUUGAAACACUUGGAGGUGGUUACUAGAUUGUCUCCACUUUGUUGUGAGAACAUGGCCAAGAGCGGGGCAAUUUCUGAAAUAUUUGUUGUGAUCCGAAGUUGUAAUCGUAGUGUGCCUUGUAUGGAAGUCAUCAACUAUGCUGUUCAAGUCCUCCUGAAUGUAGCAAAGUAUGAGAAAACAACAUCAACAGUUUAUAAUGCUGAAAACUGCAUAGACACACUGUUGGAGCUUCUGCAGAUGUACCGAGAAAAGCCUGGAGACAAAGUUGCAGAGAAGAGUGGAAGCAUUUUCACAAAAACUUGUUGUUUAUUGGCUGUGCUGUUGAAGACAACACAGUGGGCUUCUGAAGUACGAAAUAGACCCAAAGUCAUUAACCACAUUUGCAGUAUCUACAAAUUUACAGCUCAGAAACAUAAAAUGAAUACUGAAAGAAUUCCCAUGAAGCGGAAUUCUUGUACAGGCUUUUCCUAUAGUCCAGAAAGACCUGUAAGGACCCGAAUAGUUUCCAGACUUCGGCCACAUUGGGUUUUAAGACAAGAUACUGUGGAAGAAAUCACAAAUUCUCUGCAAGCUAUUCAAAUGGUGAUGGAUACUCUUGGCAUUCCUUUUUAGCAAAUGGAAUCAUUUUCAUCGUGGACUCUAUAAAAGAUUACAGCCAAUCAUGAAUGCAUGAAGUGUUUUUUUUUUACUUUCAGUGUGAAAUUUUUAAAAUACGACAUUGCAUUAAAAAUGAAGUAAAAAUGUAUAUAUUAGUAUUAAAUUCUCUAUUGUGUCAUGUGUUGAACAGAGAGGAAGACAGUGCU